UUCGUUGCACUUCCUCUAAAUUAAGCUAAUGUUUUUCCAACAGUGUUUUCACGCUUUACAGUAGUAGAGCUAUUGGAGGGUAACAGAGAUAUGCAAAUGGAUCUGUCUUAAUUCCACAAGAUGAUUAAAACUGAAAAAAUUCUGCAUUUGAAGAGCAGCCGCGGCCGAAAGGUCCGUGUUGUCCGCGAACAUUACGUGAGGGAGCGAGUUCCAUGCUACAGUUCUCUGUGUCAAGCCGGUUGUGACAACAAUGGCAAGGUGUUGCCUGGAGAUUUAACCCACUAUGUGGUGCCUGAUGUCGGAGUGGUGGUUGACUACCAGGAAAUCUUGGAGUUCAGAGAGCUGCAGGGUAUCGUCUUCACUCAGACAGCCUGCCAAGCUGUCCAUCACUGCAAAGGACGCAGCAGACAAUAUAACCGCCUGCGAAACCUGCUUAAGGAUCCCCGACAUGACAGUGUUCUGUUUGCCAAUGAAUUUCAAGAAUAUUCCUUCUGCCUGCGGGAGAUUGGGGAAAGUCAAGAGCAGUGGCAGACCAGGUGUGUGUACUCUGCAGCAGUGUGGUACUACAACCACCUAGCUGGUCUAAUGGAUGUAGUGAUGAUCACAGAGGACCGAGACGUCAUUGCUCAGUACAGCAACCUCCACUCUGGAGUAUACGUCAUUUCUGUGCAGGAAUAUUUACAAAACUUCUGGUCAGCGCUACGGGCAGCUCAUGAAUUGUACAGCUCCAUUUGCCAGGCUCUGCAGGAGAAAGAGAGUGAGUGCACGGAAAAAGAGUUUACUGACCACCUGCCGGCUGAAGUCCUUGAGGCUGGCAUCAAGUCUGGACGCUACAUUCAGGGAACACUGAAUGUCAACAAACACAGAGCACUGACUGAAGCCUCUGUUAGAGCAGAGGGUCUCUCGGAUAAAAAUGCAGAGCUGAGCAGCGAGGUGUUAGUGUAUGGAAAAAAAAAUCGUAACAGAGCUGUUCAUGGGGACAUAGUUGUGGUGGAGUUAUUACCCAAAAGCGAAUGGAGAGGGAAGGUCAGUGCCUUGACUGAAGGACAAUUGGACGAGAAGAAUGGAGAGGACCUUCAAAGUAAACCUAUGCCUACAGGAAGAAUUGUAGGGAUCCUGCAGAGAAAUUGGAGGGACUAUGUGGUGACAUUCCCCCCAAGAGAGAGCACACAGUCACAAAGCAGGAAUUCUCAGCGCAUCCUGACUGUGCCUUGGGACUACCGCAUCCCGAAGAUCCAUGUCAGCACUCAGCAGGCCGACGCAUUGCAGGACCACAGAGUGGUAGUACGCAUCGACUCAUGGGAAAGCACAUCACUGUAUCCCAACGGGCACAGUGUGAAAGUUCUGGGUCGGGCUGGUGAGCUUGAGACUGAAAUGCAGACCAUCCUGAUUGAGAAUAGUAUCCGUGUUCCGCCCUUCUCUGAUGCACAGCUGAGAGAGAUGCCUGUAAAUUCUCCCGAGAAGCCCUGGAAGGUGGAUCCUGCUCAGGUGGCUGAGCGACGGGAUCUGCGAGAUAGUCACCUUGUGUUCAGCAUUGACCCCGCGGGCUGUGAGGAUGUCGAUGACACGCUGUCUGUGCGCAGCCUUGCAGGAGGGAAGCUACUGGAGCUAGGGGUUCACAUUGCUGAUGUUACUCACUUUGUUCCUGAAGGCUCCCUCACUGACUUAGAGGCACAUGCAAGGGCGACAACUUACUACCUCGCAGACCGUAGGUAUGACAUGUUGCCAGCAGUCCUCAGUGCAGAUCUCUGCUCUCUGUUGGGGGGAGUUGACAGGUAUGCGAUGAGCGUUGUGUGGCAGCUGGACGCACACACCCUUGCUGUCGACAAGGUGUGGUAUGGUCGCACCAUCAUCCGUUCCUCCUACCAGCUCCACUACGAGUUGGCUCAGGCCCUCCUCAAUGGCGAGCAGGCCGAAGUACCUGAACUGAGCCUGCUGAGCCCCUAUGAGAAAGAUGCCAAGUUGGCUGAGCUCACCCAGGCUCUGGAGAUGCUGACUCACGUGGCACGACACUUACGGGCCCAGCGAGAUCAAGGCGGUGCAUUGGAACUGGAAGGGGUAGAGGUGCGUGCACAGCUAGAUAAUGAAAAGAACAUCACUGCUCUGGUCCCACGCCAGCCCCUCGAGAUCCACGAGACAGUGGCUGAGUGCAUGAUCUACGCCAACCACUGGGUGGCACUCAAAAUCCACGAGAGCUUUCCUCAUCAGGCUCUGCUUCGACAUCACCCACCGCCGCGACAGGAGUUUUUCAACCAGUUGGUGGAAAGUGCCAAGUCCAGGGGCUUUGCCAUCGAUACCAGGUCAAAUAAGGCUUUAGCUGACUCUCUGGACAAGGCUGUGGACCUACAAGACCCACUUCUCAACAGGCUGCUGAGAAUGAUGGCCACUCAAGCCAUGUCCCAAGCACAUUAUUUCUCGACUGGUGCAAUUUCCGAAGAUCAAUACUACCACUAUGGGUUGGCUCUGGACCGCUACACACAUUUCACUUCACCGAUUCGUCGCUAUGCCGACAUGGUGGUUCACCGCCUUCUGACAGCGGCCAUCGAUGUUGACAAGGGACAGAGCCCCAAUAAAGCACUAGCCACUAACAAGGAACUAGACGAGUUGGCUCAUCAUAUCAACAAGAAGAACAGGGCAGCCCAGCAGGCCCAGAAGCUGUCCACAGAGUUGUUUCAGUGUCUGUAUUUUAAAGAUCGAGACCCUGGCACCGACCCAUGCUGUGUGACUGAUGCUGUCAUUUACGCCAUCCGGGACAAUGGGGUUUUGGCUUUUGUUCCGCUGUACGGCAUCAAGGGGCCUGUGUACUUGAAGAACCGAGAGGGUCUGGUGCUCUCUGCGGAGCAGGAUCGGCGCUGCGAGUGGCAGAGCGGCUCUGUGCGCCGCUAUUCAGACCACAUCAUGACCACGUCCACCAUUGGAACCACCACCUUUAAGCUGUUCAACCACAUUACUGUUCGUAUUUCCGUGCAGUCGUCACGUUGCCACGCGGACAGUGUGUCUCUCGAGCUCGUUUAUAACCGGCCGCACCAGAUUGGCGCGCUCCACCAGACUCAGUCUCACGGCCGCAACCAACUGGUUCAGGAAGUGGUCCGUUUAGCCCAAGAGGCCUCCCAGCAAGUUCAAGAGAAGGCGACCUGGCGUCCCAAACUUUCCAAAGAGGAGCAUGAGUUCUGCCAAAGCAAAAGUCCAAACUUGUACUUACUCCUGGAGGAGAUUCGUGAGCUUUCACUCAUGGAGAUAGAAUACUAAGAGACUGUCAUAGACUUCAAUGAUAAUAACUUUUAAUCCUCUUUUAUUGUUUACGUGCAUAUGAGUGACAUGGAUAAGGCCAUGUUUGAUCAUACUGACUGUAUUUUUUUUUUGUUUUUUUUUGAUGAAAUUCAUUUCACAAAAACAUUUUGGUGUUUUCUGAAGACUGUACAGUGAUGGCAUUUCCCUACUACCUUAUUUUCCGGACUAUAAUACGCACCUAAAAUACUUUAAAUUUCUCAAAAGCCGACAGUGCACCUUAUAAUCUGAUGUGCCUUAUGUAUGGAUCAAUAUCGGUUAAUCAUGGCAUGGCAUUCCCUUUAGCACAGCUCCAUCUAGUGCAGGGGCUCUUAACCUUGCUAAAGGUACCCAACCCCACGAGUUUCACAUAUGUAUUCACCAAACCCUUCGGAAUUUCAUAACAAAGCCAUUUUUUAAAAAAUUCAAAACCUAGCAAGCUAACAUCAAAGUGAAUUCCUGUUUACAUUUUUUUUCGUUGCCUUUAGCUGUUGAUUUUUACGUUGGCAAAAGAAAAGAAACUCAUUUCAUUUCACACUGUUCUUUUUUUUUCAUUGUUUUCAUGCCUACAUUCUCAUUUUAUUGUCGUAUCUUUGCAUCACAUACAAUUUUCAUGCCGUAAAACUACACAGUUGUUUUUUAAUUAUCUAUGCAGUUCAUGCUGUCCGUAGGUCUGUUAUACUUCCUCAUACCAAAUUCCUGGCAACCUUCCACUGAGCAAACAGAUUUCUCCUCCCAUUAUAUACAGUAGAGGGCUAAUAUUUGAAAGAAAUGAAAUAAAGCCUUUAAAUUGAGGGUAAACCAGACCAAAACCUGGUGUAAAACACCACUUUGCCUAGAUUUAGUCGGCAUACAAAAUAGGGCUCUGUGUUUAACAUUCACCGAACCCCUGGGGAUCGAACCCCAGUUAAGAACCACUGAUCUAGUGGAUGCAUAACACAACCCAAAAUAAUACUAUUACUGUGCCGUGUUAUGCAGUGCGCGUAAAAUAUGAAAAAAAGUUAGGCCAUUCAUUAAAGGUGCGCCUUAUACUCCAAUGCGCCUGAUACUGAGGAAAAUACGGUACUUUUAAAGGAGUGGUUACACUUUUUUUCUUUAUUAAUAAACCCAUACAGAAGGGAAAAGUAUUUUUCAACUGCAAAUUGUGUAGGUUCUCCCACUUAGAAAGACCUGUAAUUGUCAUCAUAUAUAUAACUAAACUAUGAGAGACAGAAUGAGGGGAAAAUAAUCCAUAAAAUCACAUUGUAAAUGAAGUCUUUAAAAAAUUCUUGUGGAAAAUAUUUGGUUCACCUACAAACAAGCAAGAUUUCUGGCUCCCACAAAGCUGUAACUUCUUUGCGAGGCUCCUCUGUUUUAAUGGCACCUGUUUGUCAUUAGCAGUGUAAAACGCACAACCUCAAACAGUCACACUCCAAACUCCACUAUGGCCAAGAACAAAGAGCUGUCAAAGGACACCAGAAACAAUUUAUAGACCUGCAAUAGGCAAGCAGCUUGAUGUAACGAAAUCAACUGUGGGAGUAGUUAUAGUGCUGGCAAAAAGAAUUGGCACCCCUGCAAUUUUGUCGGAUAAUGCUCAAUUUCUCUCAGAAAAUGAUUGCAAAUACAUAUGCUUUAAUGGUAAUAUCUUCAUUUACUUUGCUUGCCAUGAAAAAACAAUGAUAAAAAAAAAAAAAUCAUUAUCGUUUUACACAAAACUCCAAAAAUGGGCCGGACCAAAGUAUUGGCACCCUUAGCCUAGUACUUGGUAGCACAAACUUUAGACAAAAUAACUGAACAACCGCUUCCAUCAAUGAGUUUCUUACAAUGCGCUGCUGGAAUUUCAGACCACUCUUCUUUGGCCAACUGCUCCCGGUCUCUGAGAUUUGAAGGGUGCCUUCUCCAAACUGCCAUUUUCAGAUCUCUCCACAGGUGUUUUAUGGGAUUCAGGUCUGGACUCAAUGCUGGCCACUUUAGAAGUCUCUAGUUCUUUCUCGCAAACCAUUUUCUAGUGCUUUUUGAAGUGUGUUUUGGGUCAUUGCUGCAAAAUUUGUAUUUGUUGGUAAUCUUUAGACUCCAAAAUGCCAUGCACACGGUCAACCAGUCCAGUGCCAGAGGUAGCAGAGCAACCAACAGUGUUCCUUUCUUUGAAGGACUCGUUUUUUUCCCUGUAAACUCUAUGUUGAUGCCUUUUCCACAAAAAUUCUACUUUUGUCUCAUCUGACCAGAGAACAUUCUUCCAAAACGUUUUGUGCUCUCUCAGGCAAGUUGUGGCAAACUUUUUUUUUUUGUCUCAGGGUCAGAAGUGGGUUCUUCCUGGGUAUCCUAUCAUAGAGUCCCUUUUCAUUCAGACGCCGAUGGAUAGUAUGGGUUGAUACUGUUGUACCCUCGGACUGUAGGACAGCUUGAACUGGUUUGGAUGUUAGUCGAGGUUCUUUAUCCACCAUCCGUACAAUCUUUCGUUGAAUCUAUCUUGAUGGGAUAUCUUGGGAAUGGCGUUGCUCAGUGGUGGAGUAGUUGUCCCCCAACCCAGAGUCUGUGGAUUCGAUUCUCCACCCUGAUGAACUCGCCUAAGUAUCCUUGCGCAAGAUACUGAACCCCGCAUUACUCCUGGUGCUGUGUCACUAGUAGGUAGAUGGCAAUGUAGUGUGAAGCGCUUUGGGUACCUUGAGAGGUAGAAAAAGCGCUAUACAAGUAUAACACCAUCUUCAAUUUUUAUUUACAUAACAUUCCAUUCACAUCUAGGGGGAUUAGACACAAUGCCAUGCGCAUUAAUGACACUGCGCACGGUAGACACAGGAACAUUCAGGUCUUUGGAGAUGGACUUGUAGCCUUGAGAUUGCCCAUGCUUCCUCAUAAUUUUGCUUUUCAAGUCCUCAGAAAUUUCUUUGGUCUUCUUUCUUUUCUCCGUGCUCAAUGUGGUUCGCACAAGGACACAGGACUAUGGAGGACCAAAGCUGCCAAAAUUAAAAAUAAAUAAAUCAAUAAAAAACAAAAUAAAAACAAAUAUAAAUACAAAAAUAAAUAUGGACAUAAGUAGCUAAUUAAAUAAGAGUAGAAAUAAAAAUGAUUAUAUAUACAAAAAUAAGAAAUUACAUUAAAAAUGUAAGAAUAAAUACUAAAAUAAAUAUAUUGAUUGAAAUAAAUGUCAAUCAAUAAAUAAAAGCGCUUUGCCUUCUAUUAUUUCAUUGUCAGCGCCAACUUUCAAGUGGAAAUGUAAUUCAAAUGAGGAGGCGUUCUUACAUGUGUUGAACUAUUCACCCACUGGUCGAUCAACACGCUAUUGCAGUGAUCCUCUCGAUCGACUUUGCCUGCCUGUUGCUUGCUAGCUUCAGGCAUGAAAAUCUCUCACCUUUCGGCGAAAUUCGCCGUUUUGAAGUAAAAAAGGGCGACCUACGUGAAUUGCGUAGA